GUAAAUGAAGCUAGGCUGUAAGUGGGCGUGACUAGGCCCUGGGGGGCUGGCUGGGCUCUGGCCCGGGUGGGGCGGGGCGGCUCACAGCUGCGCAGCGCACGCGCGACCACAGCAGCUGUUACUCUGACCGGCAUGGCGGUGUGUGCUCGUCUUUGCGGCGUGGGCCCUUCCCGGGGAUGCCGGCGUCGCCAGCAGCGCCGGGGCCCAGCCGAAACGGCGGCGGCCGACAGCGAACCGGACACAGACCCGGAGGAGGAGCGCAUCGAGGCUGGCGCGGCAGUGCUGUGCGGUGGGGGGAGCAGCCGGAGCGCUAGCCCCUCGCCGCCCCCGCGCUGCUCCCUGCUGGAGCUGCCUCCAGAGCUGCUGGUGGAGAUCUUCGCCUCGCUACCAGGCACAGACCUCCCGAGCCUGGCUCAGGUCUGCACCAAGUUCCGUCACAUCCUGCACACGGACACCAUCUGGAGACGGCGCUGUCGGGAGGAGUACGGCGUUUGUGAAAACUUGCGGAAGCUGGAGAUCACGGGUGUCUCUUGUCGAGACGUCUAUGCGAAGCGUAUAAACCCUCGUGUGAAGUCGGGACGUUUCAUGAAAGUUCUUCCCGAUUGCGAGCAGCACAUGGAGUACCGAGAUGUGUACACCUGCCUGCUCCACAGAUACAGACACAUCUUGGGAUUGUGGCAGCCAGAUAUCGGGCCCUACGGAGGACUGCUGAACGUGGUGGUGGACGGUUUGUUCAUUAUUGGUUGGAUGUACCUGCCUCCCCAUGACCCUCAUGUGGAUGACCCAAUGCGAUUCAAGCCCUUGUUUAGAAUCCACCUGACGGAGAGGAAAUCACCCACGGUGGAGUGCAUGUACGGCCACAGAGGGCCCCACAAUGGCCACAUCCAGAUUGUAAAGAAGGACGAGUUCUCCACCAAGUGUAACCAGACGGACCACCACAGGAUGUCUGGUGGGAGGCAAGAGGAGUUCCGAACGUGGCUGAGGGAAGAAUGGGGGCGGACGCUGGAGGACAUUUUCCAUGAGCACAUGCAGGAGCUCAUCCUGAUGAAGUUCAUCUACACCAGUCAGUAUGACAACUGCCUGACCUACCGCCGCAUCUACCUCCCGCCCAGCCACCCAGACGACCUUAUCAGGCCAGGCCUCUUCAAAGGCACCUAUGGCAGCCACGGCCUAGAGAUUGUCAUGCUCAGCUUCCAUGGGAAGCAUGCCAGGGCCACGAAGAUCACAGGUGACCCCAAUAUUCCUGCGGGGCAGCAAACGGUAGAGAUCGACCUCAUGCACCGCAUCCAGCUGCCUAAUGUCGAGAACCUCUGCAACUUCAAUGAGCUCUCCCGCAUCGUCCUGGAGGUUCACGAGCAGGUACGCCAGGAGCAGCAGCAGCAAGAAGACAGGACUGAGGACAGCGAGGGUGCCAGGCCACCCACGGAGAAGGUCUGGGAGCCCGGGGACAGAGGGGCUGCAGCUUUGAAGGAGGAGCCUGUCCAGUUUGUUCUGCCUGUGGGUGUGACCUCAAGGAACGAGGACUACCCCCGAACCUGCAGGAUGUGUUUCUACGGUACAGGCCUCAUCGCCGACCAUGGCUUCACCAGCCCCGAGCGCACCCCUGGCGUCUUCAUCCUGUUCGACGAGGACCGCUUCGGGUUCAUCUGGCUGGAGCUGAAAUCCUUCAGCCUGUACAGCAGAGUCCAGGCCAACUUCCGGAACGCGGACGCACCAUCCGCGCAGGCCUUUGAGGAGAUGCUCAAGAACAUUCAGUCCCUGACCUCCUGACGGCCCCUCUCUCUGCUGGGGGCGGCUCCAGACCCUGAGACCUGGGAAGAGCAGCAGCAUGCACUUUUUUGAGAUUCAACCUUCCGACCAGAACACCCACCUUCUUGGAGGCUUCUUGGCCCAGCCACCUGAAAUACUUUCUAUAGAGUGUGCGGCGUAGGCCUGCACAUUUGUCAGUAGCCAAUGGGAAAGCUGAGCUGAGCAUGUCUUAUAACGAAACAAAACAAAAAAAAAACAAAGAAUUGGAGAAAUUGA